GAUAGGUCACGUGUUCUGUUUACUUGUCUGGUUGAGUUGAAGUUGAUGACAACUGGCGUGGAAGAAGACAAAUAAAGAAAAUAAUUUUGGAGUAAUAAUUUCUGGAAUGUGACAGACGAUAUUUUGGAUAUAAAAGUUGUAGAAAAGCCAUCAACAUGCAGACCAGUUCUACACAUCUAACCGAUCGAACAAACUUGCAAACUGUAUCUGAAACAAUUUCAAGUACUGCCAACACAGAUUUUCAACCCAAGUUGGAAAAUACGCCAAAUAUGAACCAGUACGCUUCUGCAUACGGUACCAGUGAUAAGAUAGACAACAUGGCGGCUAGAUUGGAUAACUAUAAUGGAUAUUCAAGUUAUUUCCCACCAGAGCCAACUUUCUACAGGAAUAUCCCCUACAUACAGAAUAUUCAAAACACCCAAAGUAUGACGUCAAACACGGGUUAUCGAUAUCAGAAUUACGUCAGUGGUCGAACGGGAUAUGACGUAUUGGAGGAAUCACAGAGGCCUUUGGUUAUUGACGAAGAAAAGUCACAAGAUGGCAUCAGAAGUUGUGAACAAUCUCUGGUUAGUGUGAGUAGUGAUGGUGACGAGAAUAGGGAAAAUCUCCCAGCAGAAACUAGCAGUGGCAACGAGCCGGAUCAGAUUCAAAACGAAGAAGACCAGGAAGAAGACGACAGUCCCAAAACUACAUCACGUGGUUCGAGAAAAAGAAAGCGACCUAUUCCAAAAGGGAAACCCCCAUACAGUUACAUUGCUCUGAUAAGUAUGGGUAUCGCAAACUCACCAGAGAGGAAAUUGACCCUUCACGAGAUUUACAGUUUUAUAACGGAGAGGUUCCCGUAUUAUCGAGAUCAUCCCAACUCCAAAGGUUGGAGGGGUUCAAUUCGCCAUAACCUGGCCCUAAAUGACUGUUUUGUUAAAUUGGAUCGUAAGCCGGGUAUGAAAGGUCACCAAUGGGCUAUUGACCCUGAUUAUGAAGACAUGUUCGAUCAUGGCAGCUUCCUUCGCAGACGUUAUCGAUUUAAAGAUGGGGCCAAGAAGAAACCCCGAAACAACGAAUCGAAUCCUAACGCCAUUGUUCUACCAAAUCAUGGUUAUGGUUAUCCAGGAGAUGUUGGAAUCGUCGCCCCAGUAACCAACAUGAUUCAUAAUACCUGGCCUAUGCCUGUAGGUAUUUCUAACAACACCUCUCCUUCAUCCAGUGGAUCGUCCCCAGAAUCAACCCCUCUCGCCAGACCACAGUUAUCGGACAAUGCUGGUCCGAUAUGGAAUCCAUUUGUCAGUCAGCAUAGCUCUUACAACCAAAGUCCUACAGGAUCGGAAGGCUACGUAUCGAAAUCACCAAUUGAAAAUUCGCCUUAUGGUAGUUCGUGUUCAUCCCAGGUUUCUCCGAUAUCUCCUGUUGAUGACGAAAGUUGCCGAGAAGAAUCGACAAGCGCCGAAUCGUCCCCGGGGUCCCGAGACCCAACGACGUGCUAUGUUAAUUCCCAGCAACAGAUGAUGAAUCAAAUGACAGCUUAUUGGAAUAAUCAGGCUCUACAAGGAUAUGGUAUGAAUAUGAAUUUCAUGGAGGCCUUUCCUUCAAGUAUGAACAUGAACGCAUUCACUAACUUGUACCUCAAUAGUGCCUCUAAUAUGACCGACACAAAUGUUCGAAAUUAUCCGUAUCCCCCUAUGAACGUCGUAGCUGGAUGUAACGGUGGUCGUCCAGUUCCUCAGAAUCAAAGUGCUAAUUCCCCUGAAGGAUGGACCUCCUAAAAAGGACACACUAGCCCUUGGCAUUAAAUGUGCUUUUAGACAAUUAUAAAGAGAAUUAAGCUAUUUGUGUAAAUUGUACUUAAUGUAUUAUUUUGUUAUACUCUAUUUAGAUUUGAAUUUAAUCCCCCAUUUUGUAUUUUUAAAUGGAGUCAGUCAGAUCGUUUUGUUAAAGUGACGACUAAGUUAUUCAUUUUUUUUAUUAAGCGGAAGUGACGUUUUAACUCACUAUAUAAUAAUGUGAAUGAUAAAUUUGUGAUAUUCAUAUCAACUCAUUGGCUCAGCAUUACGUUAAAAAGUUUCUAAAUUGCCCCACUAUUAUUUCUCUCCUGACACCUGUUUCACCUAUCAAGAUGUAAAUGUGUUAUUUGUUAUAAAUUAAAACGUUUUGGUUAAAUU